UGCCCUCGUUCGGCUUGAGGCCUAUGAUUUUAUUUAGUGUAAUGAAAUGACAAUGAAAAGCGAAAGAAAAGUAAACAAAGGCAUUGUAAACAUAGAAAAGUAAACAGAGAGUGCUCUCACAAACAAGUAAGUAUAAUUAAACUGUAAUGAAACAUAAGAGUAUUGACAUUGUGCCUGUGUUCUCAUACUUCUUCAGUAUCAGAAACAAUGUGUAAUAUUACCUGAAGUUUUAAACAAAGAUUUAAGAAGACCCUAAACAUUCAGUCCUGUCAAUCAUUAUUACGAGCGUAUAUAAGCAGUGCUGUCCCAUUGACAAUUCUUCUAUCAUCCUUCCUCCUCCUCAUCUUCAUCUCUGCUCUUUUCUUCUGUUUUUGAGCUUCUUUCAAGGACAGAAACUUAUGUUUGUUUACCAUUAACUAUUAAUACUGAAUGAGCAGGCGAACUUGUGAACCACAGUUAAUCUCAUAGCAAACAUUGCAUUCAUGAUCUAUGUUCUUAUAAACAUGUACAUGUUUCUGAGUAUUGAAUAAUGUAAAAUAUAUAUGGACAUAUAUAUUCUCUCUCUUUCUCUCCCUCUCUGUGUGUGUGUGUGUCUGUGGAGGUGUGUCUGGUGGGGGUGGAGCAAAUCUCGAGUCACCUGGAGCAGGAAGUAGAAAUAUAGAGGAAGGUGUUACAAUGAAAGACGUCAUAAAGCAGAUAGUUUACAGUGAAGUAUCAUCUGAGGAUUUACAGUAUGUUUCAGCCUCAUUCAGACUCAACAGCAACAUUAUGGAUGCCACGAAAGCUCUCCCACUAAAGACCUCAGAGCAUCACACAUCGCCAUGCAGUCCAGGUGUCACCAUCAAUCCACCGGCCUGGGCCACGACGGGCCCAACCUCUCUGACCUGCAGAUGAAGGUGGACUUCUUUCGUAAGCUGGGUUACUCUUCACAGGAGGUGAAAGCCGCCCUGCGCAAGCUCGGCCUGGGUACGGACACUAACGCGGUGUUGGGGGAACUGGUGCGUUCCGGGGCGAAGGCUGUGCCUUUUUCAACCUCUGAUAGUGAGGAGGGUUUUGGUUUGUCCGGUCGUGGAGGAGGCUCUUGUAGGGGACCAAGUUCCAGAGAAUCCACGCCGGAGGACACAGCUGAAGCCGAGAGCGACCUGAAACCCAUAGUCAUUGAUGGCAGCAAUGUGGCCAUGAGCCAUGGGAACAAGGAAGUGUUUUCGUGCAGAGGGAUUGAGCUGGCAGUCAACUACUUCCUUGAGCGAGGACACAGGAACAUUACUGUAUUCGUGCCGUCCUGGAGAAAAGAGCAGCCCAGGCCUGAUGUGCCUAUUUCAGAUCAACACAUUUUAGAUGAACUUGAGCGGAAGAAGAUUCUUGUGUUUACACCUUCACGAAGGGUUGGAGGAAAGCGUGUGGUCUGCUACGACGAUCGCUUUAUUGUUAAGCUAGCUAAUGACAAUGAUGGCAUUAUAGUGUCUAACGAUACAUAUCGGGAUCUGCAGAGCGAACGUCCGGAGUGGAAGCGGUGCAUUGAGGAGAGACUGCUCAUGUACUCCUUUGCCAAUGACAAGUUCAUGCCACCAGACGAUCCACUCGGCCGACAUGGGCCCAACUUAGAUAAUUUUCUUCGAAAGAAAACAAUGUUACCGGAUCAAAAGCGGCAACUCUGUCCAUAUGGUAAAAAGUGCACAUACGGAAUCAAGUGUAAGUUCUACCACCCUGAGCGUGCCAACCAGUCGCAACGUUCGCUAGCAGACGAGUUACGAGAGAACGCCAGACUGGCGGAUGGCAGAGGAACCGGAUCACAGAGAGACAUUCAGAAAAGAUAUGAUGCUGGGUUUGGCUCUUGCUCUGCGUCACUGGAGCAAGAACUGGAAGAGAAGCUCAAUCUGGAGUCUGAAAGUGGCCUUCAGAGAAACGACCGUUACUGGGAUGCCAUUUUCUUUGCAAAACAGCCCUUACAUCCAGCCGCCACGCUAGCAUCCAGUGCAGCAUCAGACAGAGCCGGUCUACAACCUCAGUUCCAAACAAACCCUUCAUCCAUUUUCAGUUCAGACUCUGGGCUCGGCUCCUACGUCAGCCAGUUUUCCGAGUCGUGUCACAGUCUUGAGGAGCAACACAAGAUGAGACAUAAUCAUCCAUCGAUGUCUACUUCCUCAAACCCCAUCUUGUCGGCAGGUGGCCCGCACUGCGGUGACAACAGAAGGUCUUAUUCCUGUAACUAUCAGGCCGGCUACGGCUCUGUUCCUGUAUCCGGUCCUCUCCAGCAUUACAGUCUACCUGCUUACAUGCAGCAGAGUAGCUGGUCUUAUGCUUUCUACCCACCACAGAUGCAUGCAAACAGCUUGCCAGAACCUCUCCCCAACCCCAAUGUCCACAGCGUGCCUGACAGUUACAGACGCCAGCGCAGCGCAGUCGUGAAUUCACAGGACGAUCGAGAAGAGGUCAGGAGGAGACUUUAUGCCAUUUUUAACCCACAUCAUGUUGACAGAGUUAUGGACAUGUUCCCACAGCUGAUAGAUGCCCAACAACUGGCUGCAGAGGUUCUCAAACUCAAAUCGAAGGGAGAAUUUUUCUGAGGUUUGGACGCUCUUCGAAUGUCCCUUAUCACAUAGUACAUGUGGUAACUAUGUAUGACUAGAAAGUCAAUUGUUUCUCUAUUGUUGUUUUUGAAAGGUUGAUGCACAUUGCAUCUAACUUGUAGCACGUGGCAUCUAAGACUACAGGUGCGGUUUUGAUGGAAACAGAAAUGUAUUUUGGAAAUUGUAAGUCUAGUGUAAUGUGUACAUGUAAGGAAUAAUUGACUGAUUGAAUUAUUUAUAAAGAUUGGUAAUGCCGUCCCUGCUAAAAAAAAACAAUAGAUACCAUCACAGAAAUUCUAUUGGUUUUAUUGGGAAUUUUAUUGGUUCUAAUGGAAUAUGGCCCAAAACACACUACAAUGUAGUGGUUUUAAUGGUAAAAACGAAUGGUUCCUAUUGGUAUUUUAAUGGAAACCAUACAAAUUUUCUGUAAUGGUUUUAUUGUUUUUUUCAGCAAGGGUUAUAUUGUGGGUGUGCAUUAUUUAUAAAUAAUUCAAAGGACCGGAGUCAGUUCCUCCUCUUAUACCACAAUUACCACAGACAUUGCUUUGGUGGUUAUUUAAGACAUUUGACAGGUCAGGUGUGCGUUCAAUAAAAAAAUAAUCAACACCUGUGAAACAUUUCUCAACCUAUCAGAAUAAAGCAUUCAACAGCCCUGUGGUAUAAGUAGAAAUAAUACAUUAAGGAUGUGAUUACUUGGUCUGAGGGUAAUAAUGAAAUGAAUGUAAGAAAUACAACUUGUGACUCCUUGUCAAUUUUACUGUACUUCCUUGUUCCAGUCAUAAAAGCUGGAAAUCCCCUAAUGCAUUUUCUGACAUUAUCUGGAUCAACAUACAUUGUAAAGUGUUUUAAUUUCUUGGAUUCAAAGAUGUCUUUUAUGUUCCUUUUUUAUCAAGUCACACUCUUAAGAAUAAAGCUUUCUUAAAGUACCUUUAAAAGGCUCUAUGCUUCCUUUAACAUCCACAGAAAAUUUCUGUUGCACAAACUUUGCAUUGGAGAAAUAUCUCUGAUCUCUGAGACUAUUAAAGGUAAAGUAAGAAAUGCUUAGACUGAAUGGUUCUCCUGUGGCAUCGCUGUAAAGAACCCAUUGAAGCACUUUUACUAAUAGUAGUGUAGAUUUUCUCUGUGACCAUUCAAAUCUUUCCAAUUGAAGACCAAAUUCUUUGCACGAUUUAGUAAUGAUUUUUCAGAAAAAAAAGUUAAAAUUGGAUAAAACUCUGCUUGUUUGCAUGCAUUCAUUUAACAUAAUGACUAAAUCAUUAAAGCAGAACAACAUUAUGCUCCAACACUAUAUUUCAUCACAUAUAUGUAGUUGAUUGUGCUGCCAUCAAAUGUACUAACUCCACAUCAAAAAUUAAAGAUUUUAACUGCUACAGUAACGGUGAUUUGACGGGUCAUCAAAUCACCAGAGAAAAAUGCACGACUACAUAAUUCUGAACGUUCUAAAUGGAGGCGGGUCUUCAGGUGAGAUGAUUGACAGUAGAUGAUAAAGUUCUUUGAUUGACAGCUGCACAGGAUGAGCUAAUGUUAGCUUGCUUUGAUCGUGUUCAUAAUAACAACAACAUGAUAAUAACUUUCUACGUAGUAUGUUUACCGUAGUUACACAAAACAAGCAACAACUAAGCCAAAUUAUGUUUUAGAUAUUUUGACCAUUUUACAUUAGCCUACCUGAGUCCGCGGAAAAACGGUGCUGAAACAGUACUCGAAAUCCUCCUGACGAAAUUUUUAUAUUAUUUUCGAGUAAUCUGUUAGUGGUGUCGCAUUGAUGUCAACAAUAAAAACUCCCGGUGGCCUGAAUUUGUUGUCCUUGCAACCACAUACUGCACAGGUUCUAGUAAUCUUUUAGCGUUCUAGUCAUCUUUUAUUGAGGGUUUUUGUGAUUUCCCCUUCAGAGAUGGUGAAAGUGGAGUUACUCUUUGGUUGGGUUCAUCUGACGGCUAACUUCAAGUUGACUUGAGAGCAAGUUGAGCAGUAAAAGAAGCUAUUAGGCUUGUUCAACUUCAUGCAGCGCCGCAAGAAUCGACAGCCGGAUGACGUCAAAGUACUGCGAGAGUGAUUCGCGAAAUCAUAUGGAGGAGUUUGCGUUUAAAUCGCUCUCGCAGAACCUUGACGUCAUCCGGCUGUCGGUUCUUGCGGCGCCGCAUGUAGUCGAACAAACCUGAAGGCUGUAUCAAUCAGUGGUUAGUGGGUGGAGCUAAUGACUCAGUUUCGUGCAGUGCAUUCUGGCUAAUUGAGUUUAUCAAAGAUCGUAUGAAAAUUUCGCUUCAACAAACUAUCAAUCUAAUAAUUGAAAUUGUGCAAAUUUCUUUUCUUUCUCAUGUAAAAUGCAAAAUGGACAUAAAUUACCCGUGAUAACAGGCUGAAAUGUCUAGGAUUCAAUUCCAUUUGUUAUGUACAAUAUACUGUCGUUUUAUUCACCUUUUUCUAUCUGUCCUGUACCGUGGGUAUUUAUGUAAUAUUACACUGUUGUUUUGUUUUCUAUCUUACUGUGUUAAUGUGAACAAAUGCACGGCACACAGUCAUUUCAUCUUGUGUCUUCAUCACACGGUACAUUACUUAAGCUGCAAAAUCUUGGAGAAUUGAAUAUUCAUGUUUAAUUUAGCCCAUCAUGUUUGACAUUAUAGUGUCUAAAGAUGUUUAUAAGAAACAGCAGAUCAGCACUUCUCACUCAAUGGAUAAAUGUAAUAAACAUGAACACUGUAAAUAAAAUGAUGAUUUACAUGUUUUA